AUGUUUUAUUCUGAAGCUCUGCUGCAGAAGACGGGGCCUCUGGCUCGCGUCUGGCUGUCGGCCAACUUGGAGCGCAAGCUCUCCAAGAACCACAUUCUGCAAUCCGACAUCAAAGACAGUGUCAAUGCCAUCGUGGAUACCCGCCAAGCUCCCAUGGCCCUCCGGCUUAGCGGUCAACUACUACUCGGCGUCGUGAGAAUCUACAGUCGCAAGGCGCGUUAUCUGCUGGACGACUGCAAUGAAGCCCUCCUCAAGAUCAAGAUGGCUUUCCGCUCAACCGGUAACAAUGACAUCCCGGAAAACCUCGCCCUACCCAAUCGGGAGGCUCUCAUGCUUCCCGAUCGAAUCACGCCCGCAGACAACCUAAACAUACUACCGCCACCAGAUGCCGACUGGCUUCUUGCCCAGAUGGACAUCGACACAACUCAAACCCAGACCCAGUCACAGUCACAAGGCCGUGGAAGAGGACGCCCCAGCAAUCGCGAGAUCAACCUGCAGGAGGACUUCAAUAACAGCCAGUUCUUGCAUGACAGCAUCAUGGGCAAAGACGAACUGGCAUUGGAAAACAACGACGAUCUUGAGCUAGAACUUGACUUUGGCAUGGAUCUCGAUGAAAACCCCCGUGGGCUGGAUACCACCAUCGAAAUGGGCAGAGAUGCACCUUUGGCUCGCGAUGUUGAGGACGAUCUACUCAGCGAGCUCGACGCUGUGGCUCCAGGAAAGGCGGCGGCUCGUGACCAAUCCACAGCUUUCGAUCUGGGAGACGAUGGCGUUCGCAUUGCAGAUGGCGAUGGCGAUAUCCAAAUGGACGACGACUUCCAGUUUAACCUUGGCGAUCAGUCCGCCAUGCCAGAGAUCGGCGGUGUGGUGCCUCCCAACCGUGCCCGCAUCUCAGAGUCUCCGUUGUCAGAUAUCGACGAGAACACUGCCAAGGACGUCGAGGAGUGGACCAGACUGCACAACCAGAGCGUAUAUGAACCUGGCCAAGACAUUGAGGACCCUGAACCUCAACCUCAGAGGAAGUCCAAGUCCCGGCGUAGAGUCUUUGGCCUUGACUCGGAGAUCCAACUUACCAGUGCACACAUCAAGGAGCAACAGGCCGAUCGCGCCAACAUCCUCAAGGAACCCACUUUUGUCGCUAGAGACCCUUAUUUCCUGGCACUCCUGGAAUUGAAGCAAAGCGGCAACUUCGUGUCGAAUAUCAUGGGCAAUGGCCGCAGUAAAGCGUGGGCUCCUGAACUGCAAGGCCUGCUGUCAUUGGAGUCUAUUCGAUUAACUAAUGACUUGAAGCGCAAGCGGGAUAGUGGUGUUGCUGAUAUUGACAGCGAGGACGAACAAGGCGCAUCCAAAUCACCACGUCUUGAGCUUGGAGAGGAUGACACAGCUCUGGAGAUGGCUGGCGGCCUCGGAGAGCAGAGUGUGGCAGCCGACGGUACAAUCAUCGAGAUCCCAGCUGACGACGGAUUGGUCUUGCAAGAUGAUGAGGAGCACCAGGCCCGUGAAGGCAGCCCAUUACCUGCGUUUGAUGAAACAACUGCACCAAUGGUCCACCCUGAGGAUAGCGGUCCGGUAUCACUGGGAACGAAGCAUGCUGUGCACGUUCUCCGGGAUCUCUUCGGUGCCGAGGCUGCAAACGACGAGCAGAAGCGCAAGAACACAUCGGUUGUCUUCCAGGACUUGUUGCCUGAGGGACGCACUACAAAAGCAGAUGCUACCAAGAUGUUCUUCGAGUGCUUGGUGCUCGCUACUAAAGACGCCAUCAAGGUCGAGCAAAAGGAGGGCGCUCUUGGCGGAUCGAUACGUGUCCGCGGCAAGCGUGGUCUUUGGGGAGCUUGGGCUGAGCGCGAAGCCGGAGGUGAAAUCGCACAUGAAGAUGAGCAAGCGUCACAACCAGAGCCUGCAAUUGCUGGUCCAUCGCGGGCUGUCACAGCAGCUGCAUAG